CUCCAGCUUUCAUCCUUGCUGCAUUGGACAUCAAACAACCGACACGAUGGUCAAAAGAAAGUUGGGAGCCUUGGAAAAGGUCGAAGCUGACCUGCCUAAUUUACAAAAUAAAAUUCGCAAAGAUCCUAAGUCGUACAUUGAGGACUUCCGCGCUCAGCACUAUCAGUAUGAAAGUCACCGGGAAAUUUUCAUGGCGGCGCCCACGUCUGCCAACGAUACGGGCAUCAUUUCGCUGCGCGAGUUGAUCGAUUUCAUUUCCCAUGUGGCCGACUGCUACCCUACUAUCACCAAGGACUUUCCCCAGCAACUCAUGGACAUCCUGACGCAGCACCACCUGGUUCUGGAACCUGAGCUGCGGGAGAAGAUUGUCGGGAGUCUGGUUCUGCUAAGGAAGAAAGAACUUGUUGACUCGGCGACGUUGCUACAAACGCUAUUUCCCAUUCUCAUCACAACGCCUAGUAAGACACUGCGGGCGUUGAUCUUCCAAAAGAUCCUGAUGGAUUUGCGCACGGCGAACCAGAAGACUAUCAACCACAAGCUCAACCGGGUUAUGCAGACUGUUCUGUUCAACUUGGUGACGUCGGAUCGCACGUCGUCCAAGGGGCUGUGGGCUAUCAAGCUGGUUCGCGAGCUGUGGAAGAGACAGAUCUGGACGGACGCCAAGACAGUGGAGGUCAUGAAGGAGGCGUGCUUGGCGGAGAACGAGAAGGUCGUCGUGGGCGGCGUUCGCUUUUUCUUGGGGGGCGACAAGGAGCGUGAGGAGGCGGAGGACGAGAGCAGUGACGAAGAGGCCAUUGACAUGGGGCAAGUGAAGCACCAGGCCGGCAUCAACAAGAAGACCCGGAAGAAGGCCAAAUCCGUCGAGAAGGCAAGGGCCGCCGUCAAGCGAAAGGAGCGCAAGAAGAACCAGCCUCACCCUCUGAACUUCUCCGCGCUGCAUCUGCUGCACGAUCCCCAGGGAUUUGCCGAGUCCCUGUUCGCGAGACACCUGCAGACCGCCAAGUCGAAGCUCAAUCUCGAUCAGAAGCUUCUUGUGCUGCAGCUGGUGACUCGCCUCGUCGGCCUGCACAAGCUGCAUAUCAUCCACCUUUACUCCUAUUUCCAGAAGUACCUGACGCCCCGACAGCCUUCCGUCACGUCGUUCCUCGCAUCGCUUGCGCAAGCGACGCAUGACUUGGUACCCCCGGACGUCCUGGAGCCGCUGGUCUUGAAGAUCGCCAACGAGUUCGUGUCCGAGGCGUCGGCAUCCGAGGUAGCUACGGCGGGUCUCAACGCCAUUCGCGAGAUCUGUGUGCGUCAACCCCUUGCCAUGAACGAUACCCUACUACAAGACCUGGUGAUGUACCGCAAGAGUAAAGACAAGGGUGUCAUGAUGGCAGGCCGCGGCUUGCUCAGCCUGUUCCGCGAGGUCGGUCCCGAGAUGCUGAAGCGGAGAGACCGCGGCAAGGAUGCCUCCAUGGGUCUUCGGUCGGGCGAUAAGAGGGAGAAGCGCUUCGGCGAGCAGGAAACCGGCGGUAUUGAGGGCAUUGAGCUCCUGGAGCAGUGGAAGGAGGAAGAGCGCAAGAAGCGACGGGCCGAGAAGGGCCUUGCUUCCGACGCCGAGGACGACGAGGACGAAGACGAAGAGGACAACUGGGACGCCUGGAACGUGGAGGAUGACGAAGACAGCGACGACUCCGGCGGCUGGAUCGAGGUCGAGAGCGACGCCGAGAUCGAGCUGAGCGACUCCGAGGACGAAAAGGACAAGGAUCCCUCGCGCCCGUCCAAGAAGGCCAAGCAAGACGGCACCGCCGACGAGAAGUCCGAGUCAAACGACGCCAGCAAGCUCGAGAACAAAUUCUCCACCCUCGCCACGACCCGCAUCCUGACCCCCGCCGACCUGGCCAAGCUCCAAGAGCUGCGCACGAACGCCGCGGUGGACGCCCUCGUCCCGGGUAACAAGUCGUCCCGCAAGCAGAACUCCAACGCCGCCCGACACAUCGACGAUCCCCUGACGGCGGAAGAGAUCGAGGGACUGGCGGCCCUCUCCGCAGGCAAGGCGACGCGCGAAGAGCGUAUCGCGCGAGCCAAGGAGUUCAAGACGGACCGGGAGGACCACAAGAGCGUGACGGCCAAGCGCAAGGAGCGCAAGGAGUCGCAGGGCAAGAGUACCACCAACAAGGAGAAGCAGCGGCGGAAGAAUCUGUUCAUGACGCUGGGUAAGGCGAAGGGCAAGAACAAGAGGAGUUUGGUCGAGACGCGCAAUGUGUUGAGGGCGCAUCAAGACCGACAGAAGCGGGGUGGUCGGAGAGGUAAUAUUGGUAUGUGAGGUGGGGUUUGAAUGGGGUUUUUUUCAGAUAGAGU